ACGCCGUAUACUGUUGUCAUCCUGUUAUCGCUUUGAUCCUACACGAGGUAGGUAAGAGUUAGCUGUCGCUCGUUGAUUGUUUGACUCACAACUGUGCUCCGGAAGACAGACGUUGUUUGGAAUUUCCCUCAUCCGAUAAAGGCAAUAUAUUACUUGCUGUGGUAUUUUCUAGUCAUAUAUUUGGCACUAACCUCUCGACCAUAACAAAGGUGGGGAUAUCGCGUUCGACUUUCAAUUGUUUUUGUAUACUGUUGCGUAGAAAUUCACGUUAUAAAGAGGAGUUUUGGCGCUUCCAUGUGUUCAACAAGAACGACGUAUGUUCCUUAACAUAUGAAUUAAAUACUUCGUGAAAUUUCCCUUAUUAACUGUUGGCAAAUUUGACUCCUGUGCACUUUGGACUAAACCAAGCGUUAACGGCCGACGGUUAACAUAUUCUUCAUCUUGUUUUUCACAUCAUCUACGGUGGUAUGUUCUCUUCUGGGAUAUCUACACACGAACUCUUCGAUGAGCAUUGCUGUGCGCAAGAUUUGCGCAGUAGAAUCAAGCAUACUUUUCUAACUGGAUUUAUGUCAGAUGUGGAGUUUUAUGUUGGACAAUCGGGUGAGCAGAAGUCGUUCAAAGCUCAUAGGUAUAUCCUUGGCAUUAACAGCGCCGUCUUUCAUGCGAUGUUUUAUGGCAGUUUGGCCGAAGCUGGUGAUAAGGUGUUCAUCCCUGACGCUGAUCCUGAAGCGUUUGGUGAAUUUUUACGCUUUAUUUACACUGAAGAUUGUAGCGUCACCGAGGAAAACGUCAUGAGUAUUGUUUAUUUGGCCACGAAGUAUAUCGUUCCCGCGUUGACGAACAAGUGCGUGAAAUUUCUUGGCAAAAAAGUGACUGCGGAGAGCGCGUUUGAACUUUUGUCACAGGCUAUCCAUUUCUGUGCUGACGGAUUAGAGGCCAGCUGUUGGAAUGUUAUCGAUGUUGAUUGCUCUAAUGCCAUUAAAAGUCCGGCCUUUCUAAAGAUCGAGCAUGCUUUACUAUGCGAGUUUCUAACGCGGGAAACAUUGAAUGUAAAAGAAGUGGACUUGUUUACCGCCAUUGUAAAAUGGGCACAGUUUCAAUGUGAAAGCAAAGAACUCGAGGAGAGCGUUGAAAAUUAUCGGGAAGUUUUAGGGAGCGCUUUGAACUUAGUUCGUUUUCCUACCAUGGCUUUGGAGGAAUUUGCGAGCACUGUUGUUCAUGAGUCAAAGAUUCUACUUCAGGAAGACAUUAUAGAAAUUUUCAUGCAGUUUAGUGGACAGCAGCCGAAGAACACAAGACUUCCUAAGUUUUCGUGUAAACCACGCAAACACUGCGUGGGUAAUUUACGCGCGACCCGAUUCAGCCCACAAAAAAUUAUUCGCCCGAAGCGUGCCGGGAAAGGCUGGUGUUACAUGAACAACACUCUGGACGCCCUGUGCUUCAAAACGUCGAGAUCGGUAAAAAUGCACGGUGUUCGCGCAUUUGGUGACGACGAAAAAAGCACUUAUAGACUAAAAGUAAAUCUGUUACAAGGGAAUCGAGAGUUGUCUGCGAAUGCUGGCGAAUAUAAGUCAGAAGGUGACGAAAAUGACGAUAACCCUAUUGGAUUUGAUAUUAUGUUCCCAGAACCCGUGAGACUUGAAGCUAAUGUGGUAUACACCUUGACAGGAAGUUUCAGCGGUCCACAAUCCUUUUACGGCCAAGGAGGUGAAAAAGUGGUUAUUGCCGAAGGAGUGGAAUUUACCUUUUGUAGUAGCGAACAGUCUAACAACGGAACAUCAGUAUUUCACGGUCAAUUUCCUCAACUUAUAUUUUCGAAAUGACGACGUUUCUAGUGUGUAAUGUAAAUAUGCAUGAUAAGGAUAUUUAUUCAUUUUGAAGUUAUACGUAGGUCUGUUUAUCAAUAUUUGAUCUGCUUUUUUUAAGUAAUCAUCAUAAAUAUAUACUUUCUCUAGUUUUUUAUCCCCACGCGAUCCCAUUUGUACAAUGAAAGCAUUGCUACUUAACCCUCCCCCCACCCUUCUUGUAUCCAUUUGUACUGAAAGCGAUUAUGAUUAAAUAUAAAAAGACUAACUUGUUUUUGUGUACAAUCAUAA